AUGUCGCUGAACGCACCUCUACGUUUACUCAAUACUCAAGUUCCAAUCCGAACACUACGGAACACCCGCCUAUUCUCCACUACUCCUGCCGUCUCCAAAAAGAAAAAGGAUAAAUCUUCUCGCGCCGCCGAAGAAUCUUCUGCAGGAAGCUCCGCCGGUGCUGAAGACCCUCUGGAUUUUUCGUCCUUGACCAAUGGCAUCCAGGAUGCUGUGUCACGUCUAAAGGAGGACAUAUCUAAACUCCGACCAGGCGGACGAUUGAACCCGGAGCUCAUUGAGAACGUGCGGGUCACGGUCAAAAGUGGUUCGACAGGGAAAGAAUCUGUGAAAUUAAAUGAGCUAGCCCAGGUUAUUCCAAAGGGAGGGCGGACGAUUACAAUUCUGCUGGGGGAAGAAGAUUACGCGAAACCGGUCACAUCCGCUCUCCAGGCCAUGCCCUCUCUCUCACUUAAUCCUCAGCAAGAUCCACAUAACAAACUCCAACUUAACGUUCCUAUCCCACCCCCAACCCGUGAGUCCCGGGAUCAAGUCCUCAAGGAGGCCAAGGCAGCCAUGGAAAAGGCCUCGACGACGGUGAAGAACGCCCGAGCGAACUUGAAUAAGAAAUUCAAGGCAGCGGGCAAUAAGAAAGUUGUGAGGCCCGAUGAUCUGCACAAGGCAUUGGAACAAAUGGAGAAGAUUACGGCAAAGGGUCAAAAAGAAGUGAAAGAUGCGUUUGAGGCGGCUAAAAAGGCUCUUGAGAGAGAUUAG